GCAGCCCGCGGCGCGGACAGAGAUGACACAGAGCCUCGGUGGCUACAGCUGCCUUGAGCCGCGGCUCUUCGCUCCUCUGCCGUCCUGAGGCCGGGUGGGCGCGAGGGCGAGUCUCUUGGCAUCACCCGCGAGGAGGAGGAGGAGGAGGAGGAGGGGAAAGAGGGAAGGAGGGAGGGAACGGCGGCGGCGGCGGCGCUGCUGCCGCCGCUUUCACUCGGUUUCCCCGCAAGCGAGAGAGGCUACCCAGGGCAGUAAGCAGGCUUGCUAAGCGCCGCCCGGGAGCCCGCCUUCCCCUGUGGAGAGGGGGCCGCUCGGCUGCUGGCAUGGUGGCAUUUGGACCGGCGGCGGGGCGCUGCUGAGAAAAAGCCCAGCCGGCGACCAAGAGAGUGAAGGAGUGAGUGAAGCCGAGGCAGCAGCCCCAAGCGCAGCGCGGCUCCCCAGGCCGGGCCGCCACCUCUUCCUCUUUAGUCGCCCGCGGUCUUCUCGGGGGGCUUUCCCCGCCAACCUCGCCAAACCACAGCCGGGCCUGGCGUUCCCCGCAAGGCGUGCCUGCAGGCCCCGGGGAGGCCGCGGCGGAGCUUGGCAGACCCGCCUCUGCCCCGGCCACCUCGGGGUCCCGCGGGCCGACGCCGGCGGGGGCCUCGGUGCGGCUCGGGGAGGGGCGCGCGGCCGGCUCUAGGGAGUUGCCUCCCCCAGGCAGCAUGGAGAAAGACGGAGCGGGCAGGCCCUGAAGAGGCAGCCGGGGAGAGGGGGGUGCCUGAUUCUGCCAAGUCUUCUUCCUCCCCGCUUCCCACCCCCACCCCCCCAGUUCCGCUGAUCUCACCCAAAUUGGGCCGACCGGAGCUUCCCCAGCCUGGGACCGCUGGAGGGACCCCGCAGCGCCGGGCUCACUUGGAGCGGAGCCUUGUUUUCUGUGGCAGCUCCCCCUCCCCGCUUCGCAGCGUCUCCAGCGAAUUAAAGCCGGACCAGGACGAGGGGCUUGCCCCCUGCUCGCCCGGCGAGUUCCUACGGCGGAGCAAAACAACCACCCGGUUUAGAAAAGGCCAGUGUCACCCGGGGAUCCCCCACUGGCAAAGACUUGAGAGCUUUCCGCGGCGGCAGCAGCAGCGGCAGCAACCACAGAGAAGAUAAUAUGUGGGAGACUAUGGACUCCAUGCUUCCGACAUAGGAACAGGACCAGGUUGGGAAGCUUCACUUCAGAGAGAAUGCUGGGAAUUUGCAGAGGGCGACGGAAAUUCCUGGCUGCCUCUCUGACUCUGCUUUUCGUUCCUGCUAUAACCUGGAUUUACCUGUUUGCCGGGAGCUUUGAAGAUGGAAAGCCAGUGUCAUUGUCUCCAAUUGAAUCCCAGCCCCACAGCCCUCAUUACACAGCCACAAGUCAACGUGAAAGAGAAAACUUGGAAGUUCGCAUGCGAGAAGUGGAAGAGGAAAACCGUGCACUACGCAAGCAGCUCAGUCUGGUCCAGAACCGGGGCAUGUCUCACCGACGAGGCAAUCACUCAAAAACUUACUCCAUGGAGGAAGGGACUGGGGACAGUGAGAGCCUCCGGGCUGGCAUUGUGGCAGGGAACAGCUCUGAAUGUGGACAACAGCCAGCAGUGGAGAAGUGUGAGACAAUCCACGUCGCCAUUGUGUGUGCUGGAUACAAUGCCAGUCGGGAUGUUGUCACUCUCGUCAAAUCAGUCUUAUUUCAUAGGCGGAACCCUCUACACUUCCAUCUCAUUGCAGACGCCAUUGCCAAACAGAUCCUGGCAACACUUUUCCAGACGUGGAUGGUCCCUGCAGUGCGCAUAAACUUCUAUGAUGCUGAUGAGCUGAAGUCUGAAGUGUCCUGGAUACCCAACAAACACUAUUCUGGCAUCUAUGGACUGAUGAAGCUGGUUCUCACGAAGACACUUCCCGCCAAUCUUGAGCGAGUCAUUGUCCUUGAUACUGACAUUACCUUUGCUACAGACAUUGCUGAGCUUUGGGCUGUCUUUCACAAGUUCAGAGGCCAGCAGGUUCUUGGUUUGGUAGAGAACCAGAGUGACUGGUACCUAGGAAACCUCUGGAAAAAUCACCGUCCCUGGCCAGCUCUUGGAAGAGGUUACAAUACAGGGGUUAUUCUGUUACUUCUGGAUAAAUUGCGCAAGAUGAAAUGGGAGCAGAUGUGGAGACUCACAGCUGAAAGAGAGCUAAUGAGCAUGCUCUCCACCUCUUUGGCUGACCAGGAUAUUUUCAAUGCAGUCAUCAAACAGAAUCCCUUUCUUGUCUAUCAGCUUCCCUGUUUCUGGAAUGUCCAAUUGUCAGACCACACCCGCUCUGAACAAUGUUACCGGGAUGUUUCUGACCUCAAGGUGAUACAUUGGAACUCACCCAAAAAGUUGAGAGUAAAGAACAAGCAUGUGGAGUUUUUCCGCAACCUCUAUCUGACAUUCCUAGAAUAUGAUGGGAACUUGCUGAGGCGAGAGCUUUUUGGAUGUCCCAGUGAAGCUGAUGUCAACAGUGAAAAUCUACAGAAACAACUAUCCGAGCUGGAUGAAGAUGACUUAUGUUAUGAGUUUCGGCGAGAGCGUUUCACCGUCCAUCGGACUCACCUAUACUUUCUACACUACGAGUAUGAGUUUGCUACAGAUAACACUGAUGUUACACUGGUGGCCCAGCUCUCCAUGGACAGACUGCAGAUGCUUGAAGCCAUUUGUAAGCACUGGGAAGGGCCGAUCAGUCUGGCACUCUAUCUUUCUGAUGCAGAGGCCCAACAAUUUCUGCGCUAUGCUCAAGGUUCUGAGGUCCUCAUGAGCCGCCAUAAUGUUGGAUAUCACAUUGUGUAUAAAGAGGGACAAUUCUACCCUGUGAAUCUCCUGCGAAAUGUGGCUAUGAAACAUAUCAGCACUCCAUACAUGUUUCUGUCUGAUAUUGACUUCUUGCCUAUGUAUGGACUCUACGAGUACCUCAGGAAAUCUGUUGGCCAACUUGACUUAGCCAAUACAAGAAAAGCUCUAAUUGUACCUGCUUUUGAAACUCUUCGCUAUCGCCUCUCUUUUCCAAAGUCAAAGGCAGAACUGUUAUCUAUGUUGGACAUGGGAACACUCUUCACAUUCAGGUAUCACGUAUGGACAAAAGGGCAUGCACCAACCAAUUUUGCCAAGUGGCGAACAGCCACCACACCAUAUCGAGUUGAAUGGGAAGCAGAUUUUGAGCCAUAUGUUGUGGUAAGGCAGGAUUGUCCAGAAUAUGACCGAAGGUUUGUUGGAUUUGGUUGGAAUAAAGUUGCACACAUUAUGGAAUUGGAUGCACAGGAAUAUGAAUUCACAGUGCUUCCCAAUGCCUACAUGAUCCACAUGCCACAUGCGCCCAGCUUCGACAUCACCAAAUUCCGUUCCAACAAGCAGUACCGCAUUUGUCUGAAGACCCUCAAAGAAGAGUUCCAGCAGGAUAUGUCACGCCGCUACGGCUUUGCUGCAUUGAAAUAUCUCACGGCUGAGAACAACAGCUAGCACCACCAAACUCUUAAUGGAAAGCAAACUGAAAAGAGGAGCCGUUUCGUGUGUGUGGACCCCGUUCUUAAAUUGUGGGACACCAUUGGUUGUUUUUGGUUUUGCUUUGUUUUUAAACCACAUCAAACAGUUCUAACGGUAGAGCUUUGGAACAAGAUGUCUCUGGACGUUGCUCAAAAGCACCACUCAUCCACCACCUACAAAACUUUGGUUUGAUUGACCAAGAGGUGGACACAAAAUGUAUGGGGUUGGGGACAGCACUACCCACAUCUGUUGGCAGCACACAGGGUGGCAGUAACUGUAAAACAGAUCUUGAUUCUUAAAAUUGCACACAGAUCUUCUUUGGAAUAUAGGCUUUCAUGUUACUAUUUAAUAAUAUCACAUUUUUUUAAAAAAAAAAGAAAUGUAAAGGAAGAUCUUCCGAUUACUAUCCUGUGAAUUAAAUGAACAAAAACAGCCCCUACUUUUCCUUAUUAAGGGAAUUUGCCUAUGUCACACAACUUUUGUCUAACCACAGAGAACACUAUACAGUAAGCUGAACCAGACUUCCCCGUCAGAUGAAUGGAAAUCAUAUCCAACCAAUGGGACUUGUGAUAUAUUAUAUUCUGAAUAUUCACAGCAUUGUGUAUGCACUUCUGUGGCAUCACUCAGUCAUUGCUCUUAUGCUGCAAGAUGGACUCUUCUCCAACUCCCCACUACUGUCACCUGCUCUGUUCAUAUCCUUUUUUUUCAAACCUAAAUUGCAUCCUUUCACACUUCAGAUGUAUCCCCAAAUCUAGCCAUUCCCCCCAAUAAGAUCUGUGCUUUUACUGACCUGGAAAGAUACCCAUCACAUUCAAUUUUUGCUUCCAUUUUAUAGGGUUUUUUGAAGUAUUUCUUUGCAACACAAAUCAAAUUGGAAUCUAAAGUACUGGGAAAGAAGGAUUAAUAUUUAAUUAAUCAAUAAACUCAGGUGAUUGGGGAAAAUCAGUCCAAUAGCUCUUCCACUUCACAUCCAUUUGGUGUGAGUGGACAUCAUAAAUAGGAGGGUGGAACCACAGAAUUACAGACUUUGGGGAACUAAUUCAAUCAAGUGUUGUUAAACUAAAACAAAAUCAAAAUGAAAUGGUGUAUUGGUGGGGGAGAAAAGAACGGGAAAAUCUUGAUGGUCUUUGUUUGGAAGUGAAUUCAAUCCAAUUCACUCCUAUUAUUGUAUGUAGAACUAAGUAUGGGUGAGAAUCUUGAACAAGAAACAUUAACACAUAUACGUGCAACCCAACACUGGAUAUUUUAUUUUUUUUAUUAUUUCUUCAGUAUUAAUGUUGUGUUUACAUGGAUGGAGGAGAUGAGGUUUAAUGCACUACCCUUAUUUGGGGCUAUUUGUAUUUGGUUGCAAUGUUAUUUAGAGAGCAGAAUUUGAAUAAAUCAGAAUUAUGUCUCUC